AUGGCCUCAACUAGUUUAUGUUUUUUCUUAUUAGCCACCGUUAAGGUCGGUGCUAACGAUAAGCCUUAUGUAUAUAAUUCGCCAUCACCCGUGAGUUGGAAACUACCGCCACUGGUGAGGGACCCAUGGCAAAAAUCACCAUACAUUUACAAGUCUCCACCACGACCACCAUCAUCAUCAUAUGUGUAUAAUUCUCCCUCUCCACCUCAAUAUGUAUACAAGUCUCCCCCUCCACCAUCAUCUUCACCACCACCACCAUAUGUUUACAAAUCUCCACCUCCACUGCCUUAUGUUUACAAGUCUCCACCGCCGCCAUCACCAUCCCCACCUCCUUCUUAUGUCUACAAGUCUCCCCCUCCACCUUCACCUUCUCCACCACCUCCAUAUGUGUAUAUGUCUCCCCCUCCACCUUCACCUUCCCCGCCACCUCCAUAUGUUUACAAAUCUCCGUCACCACCUUCAUCAUCACCACCACCUCCUUAUAAGUCUCCCCCUCCACCGCCACCUUCACCACCACCUCCAUAUGUUUACAAAUCUCCACCGCCACCUUCACCAUCACCACCACCUCCUUAUGUCUACAAAUCUCCACCGCCACCAUCACCAUCACCACCUCCUCCUUAUAUCUAUAAGUCUCCCCCUCCACCGUCACCUUCCCCACCACCUCCAUACUUGUAUAAGUCUCCCCCUCCACCGUCACCGUCACCACUACCUCCAUAUAUUUACAAAUCUCCACCACCACCUUCAUCAUCACCACCACCUCCUUAUGUAUACAAGUCUCCGCCACCACCAUCACAAUCCCCACCUCCUCCUUAUAUCUACAAGUCUCCCCCUCCACCAUCACCUUCCCCACCACCUCCAUACGUGUAUAAGUCUCCCCCUCCACCUUCAUCUUCCCCACCGCCUCCGUAUGUUUACAAAUCUCCACCACCACCUUCACCAUCACCACCAUCUCCUUAUAUCUAUAAGUCUCCACCACCGUCAUCACCAUCCCCACCUCCUCCUUAUAUCUACAAGUCUCCACCCCCACCAUCACCUUCCCUACCACCUCCAUAUGUGUACAAGUCGCCCCCUCCACCGUCACCUUCACCACCACCUCCGUAUGUUUACAAAUCUCCACCACCACCUUCACCAUCACCACCACCUCCUUAUGUCUACAAGUCUCCACCGCCACCAUCACCUUCCCCACCUCCUCCAUAUGUAUACAAGUCUCCCCCUCCACCGUCACCUUCACCACCACCUCCAUAUAUUUACAAAUCUCCACCACCUCCAUAUAUUUACAAAUCUCCACCACCACCUUCACCGUCACCACCACCUCCUUAUGUAUACAAGUCUCCACCGCUACCAUCACCAUCCCCACCUCCUCCUUAUACAUAUAAGUCUCCCACUCCACCGUCACCUUCCCCACCACCUCCAUACGUGUAUAAGUCUCCCCCUCCCCCUACACCUGCCCCACCGCUUCCAUAUGUUUACAAAUCUCCACCACCACUAUCACCAUCACCACCACCUCCUUAUGUCUACAAGUCUCCACCGCCACGAUCACCAUCCCCACCUCCUCCUUAUAUCUACAAGUCUCCCCCUCCACCGUUACCUUCCCCACCACCUUCAUAUGCUUACAAAUCUCCACCACCACCUUCACCAUCACCACCACAUCCAUAUUACAUUAAAUCACCACCCCCACCGUCAAAGUCUCCCGGAACACCAAAGCACUACUGAAGCACAAACUUCUUCGACAAAGAAUAAUGAGACUUGUGGCAUCAUAGUAAAUCUUACGUUGUCUUCCGAUACAACUUAUUUGUUUUUGUCAUUCUUAAUCAAGUGUAUUUUUGGAUUAAUAUGCUCUCAACAAGCAGUGACAUUUGC